AGCCGCCGCCAGAGUUUUGCUCGGCGAGGAGGAGCUGCAGGAAGGAGGCCAGAAUUCAAGGCGCAGCUCCUGAACGCAGGACGCUUUGCCAGCCUGGCGUUCCACCCCCCCCUCCUCCCCCCCCGCCAGAUGUAUCGAGACUACAACUCCCACCAGCCCACGGGGUGCAAGAAAGACUGACACGUGGCUCUCCCCUCCCAUUUCCUGCAAAAACCUCCUUCCUUUUCCGCGCGAAACCCCCGCCCUGCCUAGCAACUGCUGACGCGCGCAAAGGGGCGCCUUUUCCCCAUUGGCCGAAGGUCCUCUUUUUCCGCGCGGAGGUUUCCGCGGCUGGUCCCUGCUUCCCAUCCUCCGCGCAGCUUCUUGGCUUUCAAAAGUGCACAUCCCAGCUGUUUGCCUUUGGCCAUUUUGGAACCAGAUGCAGAGCACGGAUUAAAGGGAAGUCCUGAAACACGAAGGGGGCACAAGAUCAGGAACCGUCGAGGAUUCUGGGAAAGAACCAUGCAGAAGAUUCCGGGCAAUGACAACACCAGCUCAGGCGCUGAGUGUCAGCGCUUCAGGGAGUUUGGCUACCAAGAGGCCGAGGGACCCCGAGAGGUUUGCAGCCAACUCCACAGUCUCUGCCGCCAGUGGCUGAAGCCGGAAAGGCUCACCAAGGCCCAGAUGCUGGACUUGGUGAUCCUGGAGCAGUUCCUGGCUGUCCUCCCCCCGGAGAUGGAGAACUGGGUCAGGGAGUGUGGAGCGGAGACCAGCUCCCAGGCGGUGGCCCUGGCCGAAGGCUUCCUCCUGAGCCAGGCAGAGGGGAAGAAGCAGAAACAGGUGGAAGAAAUGGUGGCAGACCCAGCUACCAACUUGGCAGAGACAGAGGCAGCCCCUUCGGCCACAACACUGAGGCCACCUUACAGGUGGAUCGUGCAGGAGGGCAGUGAAGGUGCCACCUUGCUGGGAAGUGGCACAACCCUGGCAAUUUCUCCCGCGGUUGGUGGAGGGAAAGGAGCUGCUGUCCAGUCAAAUAAGGCUCCGAUGAGCUUUGACGAGGUGGGUGUCUGCUUCACAGAGGAGGAGUGGGAUCUGCUGGAUCCGGCCCAGAGAGCUUUGCACGGGGAAGUCAUGGAGGAGAACUGGAGGAACCUGGAGUCUGUCGCAGGUGCUGAAUGGGCGAGUGAGAUUGAGGGCGAAGCGCACAGCACGUUCUUGGAAGGAGCUGGCUGUAUAGACGGGAAAGCUCAGAGAAGGCAAAUGGAACCAGAAGAGAAGGACAACUCCUUUGCUUCUCAGUGUCGCGACUUGUGUGAAAUCCCAGCCGAAGACCAAGAGAAGAAAAGUAUUCAGUGCAGUGUGUGUGAGGAAACCUUUAGUUGUGAAUCAGGCCUUAAUACUCACAUGAGAAUCCACAUGGAGGAGAAAGCAUAUAAAUGCCCGGUCUGUGAGAAGAGCUUCAGCUGUAGUGCACAUGUUCGUGAACAUCUAACAGUCCACAUAGCAGAGAAGCCAUAUCAGUGCUGGGACUGUGGGCAGAGCUUUCAGCACAGCACGAGUUUUACACGGCACUUGACGAUCCACACUGGUGUGAAACCGUAUACCUGCUCCGAGUGUGGAAAGAGCUUCCGUCUGAGGGCGUAUCUUACUUCACAUCAGAAACUCCAUACGGGGGACAGACCAUAUGACUGCUCAAAGUGUGGGAAGAGUUUUGUUAGCAGCGCGCACCUUCGGUCGCAUCAGAGAAUCCACACCGAGGAAAAAACGUACAAAUGUUUGGAGUGCGGAAAGAGCUUCAGGCAGCGGAUACACCUUAGCUCACAUCAGAUAAUCCACACAGGGGAGAAGCCACACAAAUGCUCCGAGUGUGGAAAGUGCUUCACUCACUGCAAAAGCCUCACACGGCAUCUCCUCACCAUCCAUACAGGCGAGAAACCCUACAAAUGCUCAGAGUGUGGAAAGAGCUUCAACCACAGCAUGAACCUUAAGUUACAUCAGAGAAUCCAUACAGGGGAGAAGCCGUACGAGUGCUUGGAGUGCGGGAAGAGCUUCAGCUGGAGGACUUCUUUUACUUCGCAUCAGAAGAUCCACAUGGGGAUGAAGCCAUAUAAGUGCUCCGAAUGUGGAAGGAGCUUCCGUAACCACAUAAGCUGCAUACGUCAUCAAAGUGUGCACACCGGAGAGAAGCCGUACACGUGCUCGGAGUGUGGGAAGAGUUUCAGUCACAACUCUAGCCUUACCGAACAUCAGAAAAUCCACACAGGGGUGAGGCCAUAUAUAUGCUCAGAGUGUGGGAAGACUUUCAUCCGGAGACUACACCUUACAAGCCAUCAAAGAACCCACACAGGAGAGAAACCAUAUAAAUGUUCGGAAUGUGGAAAGCGAUUCAGCCAGAGCUCGAGCCUUAAUGUACACCGAAGAAUCCACACGGGGGAGAAACCAUAUACGUGCUCGGUGUGCGGGAAAAGCUGCAGCCAGAGGUCAAACCUUAACGUACACGAAAGAAUUCAUAAAGGGGUGGUUGCUGUCAAUUCUGCCGAGGCCUGUAAUGUGGAAAGAAUUUCAGUUACGGAACAGGCCUUCAAAAUAGAGGAUCCAUACAUCGGAUAUGGAAUCUAAAUGACUUAAGCGCUUAUCUGUCUAAUCAAAUCUGCGAUCCUUGAGAGGAAAUACAGAGAAACUGUAUAAAUAUUCACGAUCCGACAAAUUGUAUGUUGGCUCCCCAACAUUGCUAAUGAGAGGAUGACUAUGGUGAGCAAGCAUCUACAGGAGCCAACCUCAUCCAUGACAUCUUCUGAUUAAAGGCUCCUCUGGCCACCUGGGCAGAAUAAACUUUCCUAAUUCUUCCAAGUGACCACCCCUCUACCAUGGAGAAAGAUCCCGCUGGACAUCUGCAGUUGCAAAGAUGGUUCCUAUACUGUCCUGUGCCAUUUUGAUCUGAUAACUUCAUGAUGACAUUGUGACAUUGCUUUUCUGAGAAGGUAGAAGUU